UUACUUAUUUGAUUUGGCUUUUAUAUUUGUUGUAAAAGCGGUGCGUUACAUUUUAGCGAUAUAUUAACAUUUACAUGCCGACCUCCCAAACCCUAGAGGGCGCUGUAUAAAUCAUUGCCUAGAUCUCUUACCUCCCACCGGAUGUUGGUCCCAUACAUCUCACACAUGUCGAAGAAAACACAGUCGGCUUUAAAAUGGAAUUAAACAUUAAGAAAACAACCUCACAGGAUCUGCUGUCAUGUGGCAACGGAGAAGGUCUCAGUGAGAAGCUUCUCCUCAAACCGAAGGCUGGCAAAUCCCUGCAGACCGAGAGAAUCCCAAGAAGCAGCGUGUUGGACCGGCUGCAGAGCUUCCUGCCACAGAUGGCCGAAGCCAACAAGAAGCUGAAGCAGCAGAUGGAUGAAGCUCCGGCUGGAUCCUUUGACAUAGAGAACGUGGGGGAGGCAGAGAAGGUCAUAGAGAUGGACUUGGCGCUUGUGGAACUCAGCGGGUCAGAUAGAGACUCCGACGAAUCAGAGGAGACUUCUGACUCGGAGGAGGAAUCGGAAAGCGACAUCACAGAGCCCAGCCUCAAAUUACCUGGAGACAAGGGCAAGAAGCAGAAGCCAAACAUCCAGGUUCUGCAUCAACAGGGAGAAUAGACAAAUGUGGCACAAGCAGACUUUUAGCUGAACAUUCUCGAGCGAUGUGGAUUAAACUGACUGAGCUGAAACCUUUGGAGGGGUUUUAACCUACUUCAGAGACGGAGAACAGGAAGCUGCUGUGUGGAGAGACACAGGCCGUCCUCAUCCCUAUGGGUACAAUAAUGUACAUUUGAGAGGUAUGAAAAAGUGCCUUUGGAGCCAGAACAGAAACUGUGAUAACCUCAUCCAGUGUGGCAUCAGCUGACCUCUCAUUGUCCAAUAUGUGCCACGGCUUAUUACUGUGGAUCACCUUGUUUAUUGCCUUGGUUUUCAUGUGCUUUAACACAGUAUUACAUCAGUUUAGACCACAGAAUGUCUGUGCUAACACAGGCACAGUCAUGAUCUUCUGUACAUAUAUAUGCUUCAUUCAGAUGUAUUGAUAUGUUAGCAAUCUCAAAUAAUGAUUAAAGGUGCAAUGUGAUCAGAA